UCUCAGGUUCCCCCGAUAAAUAAUACUAGAAUUAAACGUGCCUCAGGCCAUGACCCUCCGAGCUAAGGUAUAUGAGAGAGAGAGAGAGAGAGAGAGAGAGAGAGAGAGAGAGAGAGAGAGAGAGAGAGAGAGAGAGAGAGAUCCCUGGAUGCGAAUCCCUGUGAGAUGAGCCGUAUUGGAGAGGCGCAGAGUAUCCCGUGGAGUGGAAAGAGAGAGAGAGAGAGAUCCCCGCUGCAGCCCGGCUUGGAUAUUAGAGCUUUAUUCUUCCCCACGUUUCCAGGGUGGCUGAGUAAGUGGGCUCACAUUCUGGAUGUCACGCAAAAACUAGUGAUUCACUAAAUCAGACUGAUUUAGGGAGCUCAGUGCGCUCUGAACGCGCAACAUGAAGGAGGAGGAGAGCAGCGGAGCGCACACUCCAAGAGUUAGCGGUGUGUUAAGAGUAUGAAGGGAUGUGAGCUGAACUUGUGGUAGAAUGGCAACUUAUUUUACAUGGAUCACUGAGGGAUGGCAGCUUUUCACCACCAUCAUCACCACCACCACCACCACCACCCGAGCGCGGACCUGCGGCGGCUCUUCCACCGGCUCACCAUCGCGUCCUCUCUGAGCAUCCUCUGCUUCUCCUUGGUCUAUCUCCUGACCGGAUGCUGCGAGUCGGAGCUGACAGAAAACUCUGAGAUAAAGCCACCCACGCGCGAGUUCCUCUUGUCAGGGUCAGGAUGGCCGUACGAGAGAAACGGAACAAGCGUUGCCAAGGAGGUUUCCGCCGCGGUUGGCGAAGGCGCAUACAGCGGUCAUCCCGGGCUGGAGGCCAACAACUCGGGGAAAGAAUGGACAGCCACCCGGAGGUUACCCCAGGCCCUCAUCAUAGGGGUUAAAAAGGGAGGCACCAGGGCUCUGUUGGAGUUUCUGCGGCUCCACCCGGACAUCCGCGCUCUGGGCUCGGAGCCACACUUCUUCGACCGUCAUUACGCACGCGGGCUGGACUGGUACAGAAGUAUGAUGCCCAAAGCCCUGGAUGGCCAGAUUGUUAUGGAGAAGACACCUCGCUACUUUGUUACUGUGGAAACACCAGCACGAGUCCAUGCUAUGUCACAGGAUGUGAAGCUGAUCGUGGUCGUCCGAGACCCCGUGACCAGAGCCAUAUCUGACUACACUCAGAUCAUCUCAAAGACCCCUGAUAUCCCUCCUUUUGAGAGUCUCGCCUUCAAAAACCGCUCCACAGGUCAGAUCGACUCUCUGUGGAGCCCGCUUUGGAUCGGCCUAUAUGCCCAGCACCUAGAGCGCUGGCUGGCCUGGUUCCCCAGGUCUCAGAUCCAUCUGGUCAGCGGGGAGAGGCUCAUCUCCGAUCCUGCGGGAGAGCUGGGCAAAGUCCAGGACUUUCUUGGUCUCCAGAGGAUCGUCACAGACAAGCACUUCUACUUCAACAAAACGAAAGGCUUCCCCUGCCUGAAGAAGCCAGAGGGCAGCAGUAAACCUCACUGCCUGGGGAAGACCAAAGGGAGGAUCCAUGCAUCCAUUGACCCAGAGGUGAUGCAGAAACUGAGGGAUUUCUACAAGCCACAUAACCAACGCUUCUAUCAGAUGGCAGGCCAGAACUUUGGAUGGCAGUGACCCUUUUGUUUGUGGAACCAGAUGCUUUCGUUAAAGUUACACUGGUUUUGGUUUAAGCCACAAUUUCUAUUUGACUGAAACUGAAGCAAAGACUUGGUGUGCAAAAGAUUCAGAGCCAAUUACCCCCUUCUGACCAGCAGAUGGACAUGUCAGAGACACUAUAAUGAAAACCCUGGGUCAAUACAUUCACCUCUAUUAAUCAGUUGUCUUGUUCUAGAGUUUGAAAGACAUCAGCAUCAGUUUAUCUAUCAGAGAUGUUCAGUAAAAAGGUGCUUUCGUGGUAUUAAACAUGGGUGCCCCCAGUAUUGCACCUUUCUGGUUUGGUAGGCUACUUAUUCCUACCUCAGGUGGUUAAAUAAAGCAUAUGUGUGGUUGGUCAUGUAACUGUGGUUGCUAUAGGUUGUGGCUGUAAAAAGUUGAAUGGUGAAAUACACAACGUAGCUUUUUAGUGUCUCUGGUCUGCAGUGUAAUCCUGAUGCUCUAGUCGGUAGGCUGUAGUGGCAAAAUGAACCCGGAGCAAACACAUUUUCACAUUCCUGAAUUUCCCUUUCUCUACCUGUUUGUUCUUCAGUCUCACUGGUUAAGAAUUUAAGGGCAAUCAAUGCAUACAUAUUGAGUAUCGUCCUCCAAGCAUUGUUCCCGAAAAAGGGGGGAUGAAUCUUUUAUGUGGCGAGCAGCAGAAGGGCGAGCGGGAGAAUCUUUAUAUGAGCUCAGAUUUGACUGAGUGGUUUUGUAUUCUUGAAUAAUGAAUGUGCAUAAAUGGAUGUAGGGGAACUGGUGUGGAUCACUCGCCUCUUCGCCUAGUGGCACACUUAUGCGCGAGGCUUUGGUUAGCAUGUGACUGCAGGACCACCCUGCUGUACCCAGAGAGAAGUAAAGGGACCACUGGUGGACAACCAAAAUAAGACCAGGUCAAAUCGACGAGAGAAGGCCGACCUGUCAGUGGUCAUUUCUCAGAACGUGAUGAAUGCAGCUUUCAGGCUUUACCGUGUUGCUGUGAGAAGGCCUGCUUACAGGGUUGUCUGUUUUCAGUUUGCAUGUAUUUGCACUAGUUUGAAAGGAUAAAAAAUAAAACUAUUUUUAAGCAAAGGACUUGGCAAUGCAAUUUUGUGCUGAUUUUCUCACAUUUCUUCUUUUUCCUUAUUGUAUGCCACAAAACGCUGUUGUUACAAGGUCUCAUUGAGCCUUAAUGCAUAAGGUUUAGAUUUAUGUUGAAUGUGAGCGCAGGCAACAUUAGUGCAAUUGCUUUGUAAAUGUAAAUCUGUUUAUGCAGAGAUGUGGCCUACA